AUGAGGUCCUCUGUUGGCCUUCGCUUGUCCUGGACGGCGCUGCUAUGCAUCGUGGCUCUUUUCAUCGGGCUUCUCCAACCCGCAGCAUCUGUUAAGGAACACGACUUCAAAAAAUGCGACCAAUCCGGCUUCUGUAAACGAAACAGAGCCUAUGCCGACACCGCAGCCUCGACGAGCAGCUGGGCUGCCCCCUACAACAUCGUCCCAUCGUCCGUCACCUUCAAGGAUGGCCAACUCAAUGCUAUCAUUCUCAAAACCAUCGAUGCUUCUGGCGCGACUGUUCGAUUGCCAAUCACCGUGUCCUUUUUGAGCUCUGGAUCUACACGCGUGACCAUUGACGAAGAGCGUCGCCAGCAAAAGGAUAUCGAGCUUCGUCACGACAGCAAGGCCCGCAAGGAACGAUACAACGAAGCCGAGAAAUACACCAUUGUCGGUGGCCUUGAAUUGGAUAAGACCUCUACCGUUGCCAGCCAAGACGACAAAGAAAUUCGUAUUGUAUAUGGUCCCGACUCGAAGCUCGAGGCAGCCAUCAACUUUGCUCCCUUUGAAGUUGACUUUAGACGGGAUGGAAACUCUCACAUCAACUUCAACGACCGAGGACUCUUGAACUUUGAGCACUGGAGAGCGAAGCGCGAAAAGGAGGAGCCCAAGGAAGGUGAGGAAGCAAAGCCCGAAGUCUCAGAGACUGGAGAGGACGAGAGUACCUGGUGGGACGAGACCUUUGGUGGCAACACCGACUCCAAACCCCGUGGACCUGAAAGCAUUGCACUGGACAUCUCUUUCCUUGGAUACGAGCAUGUCUACGGUAUCCCUGAACACACCGGCCCUCUGUCUUUGAAGCAAACACGCGGCGGCGAUGGCAACUUUGAUGAGCCGUACCGCAUGUACAACUCGGACGUUUUCGAGUACAUUCUUGACAGCCCCAUGACACUCUACGGCUCUAUUCCUUUCAUGCAAGCUCACCGCAAAGGAUCUUCCGUUGGUGUCUUCUGGCUGAACGCGGCCGAAACUUGGGUUGAUAUCACCAAGGGCAAGGCCGCCAAGAACCCUUUGAACGUUGGCACAACCGGCAAGACCAACACCCAGACGCACUGGAUUUCUGAGAGCGGCAUUCUCGAUGUUUUUGUCUUCAUGGGACCUACACCCAAGGAUGUGACUACGUCAUAUGUCAACCUGACUGGCCGCUCUGCGAUACCGCAAGAGUUUGCCAUUGGUUAUCACCAGUGCCGCUGGAACUACAUUUCCGAUGGCGAUGUCAAGGACGUCGACCGCAAAUUUGACAAGUUCAAGAUCCCCUACGAUGUCAUCUGGCUCGAUCUUGAAUACCUUGAUGACCGCAAAUUCUUCACUUGGGAGCCUCACUCAUUUACCGACCCUGUCGGUAUGGGACAGCAGCUCCUCGAUCACGGACGUAACCUUGUGGUUCUCAUUGAUCCCCAUAUCAAGAAGCUCGAAGGAUACUCUGCCUACGACCAGCUUACGUCCAAGAACUUGGCUGUCCGCGACAAGGAAGACAACAUCUACGAAGGUUGGUGCUGGCCGGGCGCCGCCCACUGGGUCGACUGCUUUAACCCCAAGGCUGUUGAGUGGUGGAAGUCGCUUUUCAAGUAUGACACUUUCAAGGGCACCCUUUCGAACACUUUCAUCUGGAACGAUAUGAACGAGCCUUCCGUCUUCAACGGGCCAGAGACAACCAUGCCCAAGGACAACUUGCAUCACGACAACUGGGAGCAUCGUGAUGUGCAUAACCUCAACGGAAUGACCUUCCACAACGCUACCUUUGAAGGUAUGAAGUCACGCAAGAAGGGCGAGCUGCGCCGCCCAUUUGUACUCACCCGAUCAUUCUACGCCGGCUCUCAGCGUCUUGGCGCUAUGUGGACUGGUGAUAACCAGGCUGACUGGGACCACCUUGCUGCGUCCAUUCCUAUGGUGCUUAACCAAGGUGUUGCUGGUUUCCCCUUUGCUGGCGCUGACGUUGGUGGUUUCUUUGGAAACCCUGACAAGGAUUUGCUGACACGCUGGUACCAAACUGGUAUCUUCUACCCAUUCUUCCGUGGCCAUGCUCAUAUCGAUUCUCGCCGCCGUGAACCCUACCUUCUCGGAGCCCCGUACACUGACAUUAUCACGGCUGCUCUCCGCCUCCGCUAUGCGUUGCUCCCAUCCUUCUACACUGCUUUCUUCCAGGCCAACCGCGAUGGAAGCCCCAUUGUGCGACCAAUGUUCUGGACGCACCCAUCUGAGGAGUCAGGCUUUGCAAUUGACGACCAGCUCUUUGUUGGCUCCACUGGUAUCCUCGCUAAACCUGUCGUUGGCAAGGACACGUUCUCUGUCAACAUUUGGAUUCCAGAUGACGAAGUUUACUACGACUACAGCACUUAUAAUGUCAUGGCCACUCAGCGUGGCAAGUCUGUUUCUGUGGCUGCACCUCUUGAGCACAUCCCCAUGCUCAUGCGCGGUGGUCACAUCUUCCCUCGUCGCGACAUUCCUCGCCGCUCUAGCGCUGCUAUGCGAUUCGACGACUACACCUUGGUGGUCUCCGUUUCUAAGAGUGGCACUGCGGAGGGUGAGCUCUACGCCGAUGAUGGUGACAGCUUUGAACACGAAAAUGGCCAAUACAUUUACCGUCGAUUCAACCUGUCUGGCAAGACGCUCCAGUCCGUGGACGCAGAUGGCCGUGAUGCCAAGUCUGUCAAGCCUGGCAAGUGGAUGUCCGCGAUGAAGGACGUCCACGUCGAUAAAAUUAUUAUUGUUGGUGCCCCCAGCGAUUGGGAUACCAAGGAGGCUGAGAUUACUUCCGAGGGCCGCACUUGGAAGGUUCGCGUUGCCUACCAGCCUGCUGAGAAGGGACGUGCUGCAUAUGCCACUGUUGGGCGUGUUGGAGCUGCCAUUGGCGCAGACUGGACCAUCACCAUUGCAUAG